AUGCUACCCAAGCAAGGCGAACUUUCCUUAACCCACCUUACCACAGAUGUCCUUGUGUGCCCCUUGAGGCCAGUGGAGCGUUUCCGUGACCUACGUCCUGAUGAAGUGGCUGAUUUGUUUCAAGUGACCCAGAGAGUGGGGACAGUAGUGGAGAAGCAUUUCCAGGGGACCUCCAUCACCUUCUCCAUGCAAGAUGGUCCUGAGGCUGGACAGACUGUGAAGCAUGUACAUGUCCAUAUUCUUCCCAGGAAAGCAGGGGACUUCCGCAGAAAUGACAGCAUCUAUGAUGAGCUCCAGAAACAUGACAAAGAGGAGGAGGACUCCCCAGCCCUUUGGAGAUCUGAGGAGGAGAUGGCUGCAGAAGCUGAGGAGCUGCGUGUCUACUUUCAGGCAUGAAAGUAACUCAAACAAAUCCCAAGGCAUAAGGAAAUGGGCCUCGCUCUUCUGGACUCUGCAGCAUUGGAAAUGAAGCUGAGCAGACUUUAUUACAUCCCAUGGUUCUGCAGCCUUUUGCAAAGCAUUUUAUUGCACUUGUGGAAGCCACUGGGGUUAUGUUUCAAUCACGAUGACUGACAGGCUAACUUCACAAACAGUAGCAAUGACAGCCUGCCACAGUUUCUCAGUUAUGUACUUAGAAUAGGACCUUUUCCAAACUGUCCCUUAGCCUGGAUGAAAAUAAAGUGGUAGCUAAAAUAUU